UUAUCGAGGAUCUUUGAUUUGGACAGUGGACGAGGAAGUAGAUACAUCUGUCCGACAGGCUUCUAUGACUGUGACUUCGUUAACACCAAAUCGUCCAAAAAACAGCAUGGCAGUUGCAGAAAUCUCUUACAAUGAUCUCAAAGACCUGAUGGAGAAGUGCAAAGAACUCGUGUUGGUUGACGUUCGUUCCAAAGAGGAGGUGGAUCGAGGACGCAUACCAGGUUCCAUUCAUAUACCAGUGGACCAGGUAGAGAAUGACAUGGCUCUGGAUGCAGCAGCAUUUCAGCAGAAGUUUGGCGUUCCGAAGCCCCCUCUCAACUCCCCUAGCCUCAUCUUCCACUGCCAGAUGGGCCGUCGUGGGGCAGUAGCCACACAGAAGGCCAGAAGCCUUGGCUUUGAAAAGGCCUGUAACUUCGUUGGAGGCUACAAGGAAUGGUCUGAAAAGGAAGGGAAAUGAAAAAGCUGGAAAUUUAAUUAAUUUGCCACCUUAGAAAAUAAUAUAAAAUUGUGCCUUUGUGUUGCUGUGUGAACUGAUUUUGAUAGUUACACCUUAUGUAUGUCUCCAAUAAAAUAGGUUGAUGUUGA